AUGACUGAGAAACCAAGAAGGAGCGAGAGCGCCACUAGGGACGGGCUGGAAGACAGCUCAUCAAUUGACUUUGAGAACAGGGAAGAGCUGAAUGCAAGCCUCGACGAAGAGAAGACGGACGAGAUUGGACUCGAUGGCUUUGGGAAAGAAGCGUUGGACGGCGACGAAAUCUCGUCCCAUUCGCACGACUCCGACAGACCCGGGUUGCCUCAUGCCAGAAGCCUACGCUCGAUCAAGUCGCACCAGUCUCGCGCUGGAGCAGACGGAUACACCUGCCUCGACGAAGAACGACCGAACAUAUCCAGAGGUGGUACUGUCGCCGAUGAACCUUUCCUAGUCAAGUGGGAUGGAGACGCGGACCCAAUGAAUCCGCGGAGUAUGACGAAGCUACGACGCUGGGCCAUUGUCCUCAUCGUCAGUGCUAGUUCGCUGUGCGUGACUUGCACGUCGUCACUAUAUACAAGCACCUACGGUCAGCUGAUACCCGAGUUCCACACCUCGCGGCUGAUCUGCACUUUGGGACUCAGCCUUUUCGUCGCAGGCCUAGGAACAGGACCUAUGAUUCUUUCUCCCCUUUCUGAGUUCUACGGCCGCAGGCCGAUCUAUAUCUGUUCCUUUUCGUUCUUCCUCAUCUUCAUGGUUCCGUGCGCAGUUGCGCGCAAUAUCCAGACGAUGCUAGUGGCACGCUUCCUCGACGGAUUGGCCGGCAGCGCUUUCCUGAGUGUGGCUGGCGGAACUGUGGGAGACAUGUUUGCGAAACACGAGCUGUCUGCGCCAAUGAUGGUGUAUACCGCAAGCCCAUUCGUGGGGCCCGAGAUCGGCCCUCUCGUGGGGGGAUUUAUUGUGCAAAACACUACGUGGAGAUGGUGUUUCUAUUUGCUCACCAUCUGGUCUGGGCUUCAGCUUGCCCUAAUCGUCCUUUUCGUGCCUGAGACCUACCACCCAGUGCUUCUGCGCCAGAAGGCUAUCCGAUUGCGAAAAGAAACCGGAAACUCCGAGUGGAUAGCGCCAAUCGAGAAGAUGACCAGGUCCAUCGCAAAGACGGUGCUCUGGUCCUGCAUCAGGCCGUUUCAACUGCUCUUCUUCGAACCAAUGUGCCUCAACCUCUGCAUAUUGAGCGCGAUUCUGUUGGGAAUCCUGUACCUGUUCUUCGGGGCGUUUCCCCUCGUCUUCGAGGUCAAUCACGGCUUCUCCAUAUCCCAGACCGGGCUCUCCUUCCUCGGACUGUUCGUAGGUAUGCUGUCCGGAAUCGCGGCUGAUCCGCUGUGGAGGAAGAGCUACAGCAGGCUCGUGCAGCAGCGUGAGGCGCAAGGGGGCGAGCCUGGCGGCUCUGAACCAGAGUUUCGGCUCCCUCCAACGAUAUUUGGCGCCUUUCUCGUCCCAGUUGCACUCUUUGGGUUUGGGUGGACCACGUAUCCGCAUCGUCAUUUGGGUGUACUCUGGAGUGUUUACCUUCUUGGUCGAAGCCGUGAGUUGGCCGAAUACCCAUUGUAUGCGGCAAGCGCACUGGCAGCCAACAGUUUUGCGCGAUCGUACUUUGCCGCGGCCUUCCCUCUCUUUGGUGUGCAGAUGUACAACAAUGUUGGCUACCAAUGGGCGACGACGCUGCUGGCAUUCCUGGCCCUCGCCAUGUCCCCAUUCCCCAUCCUCUUCUUUCGAUUUGGCCAGAGACUCAGGGGCAACAGUCGCUUUGCAUCAGCAUAG